AGGAGACACGGAGGGGCGCGUGCGUGCCGGAUGGAGACUGGUUCUGCAGGAGUAGAGGGCUGAUGUUGGAUCCACGCCGUCUGUAGAUGGAACCCGUCGCCGCCUCGCUCCUCUGAGCCCCCACAUUAUUUUAUUUUUUAAUUUGCACCGAUUCAUCCAAGGGGGGUGGGGGGCACCAGCAGAAGGGAGCACAAUGACAACCUGGUGAAGGCACACCGGAUGGAAUAAAACAUCCUGCACAGCGCACGAUGCGCAUCACCAGCCCGACGAGGAAGAAGGAGGAGGAGGAGGAGAAGUGCGUUUGUGGCGUCGCGGAGCUGCGGUCUGAUCGUUUCCUCCCUCGCCCUCCUGCCGCCGGUGUCGGUGUCGGUGUAUGAUGGAGAGCUCCAAUGGCUCCGGCAGCGACACCAAACCGCAAAACCACCCGUUGGAAAAGAAGAGGCUGAACCGAGCGCCUUCACCGGCCAGACCGGUCCUCAAGGAUGUGCACUCCCGCUCCGCCAAACCACCUGCCAUCGUCCCCAAAUCCCCCAAAGUCAGCAAGCAGCAGCAGCCCUCAGCCCACCCGAACCGCAGCUCCCGACGCAGCACAACCGGAGCCAAAGACAAACCGGCUUCAGCAAAAAGUCUCGCAAAGUCCGCGAUCAUCGCCAAAAAGAGCACGAAGGCUCCGCAGCACGCGGCGUCCGAGUUCAAAGCCUCCAAACCGGACACCGGCAGUCCGAUCCACGCCAAAGUCAAGAAGGCCAAAUUAGGCUCGGGAUCCCCCGUCCGGCACAGCCAUGCGUCCCCGAUCCGGGUACCGACAGGAGCGCCGGCCGGCUCGGACCGGGUCACUCAGACCGACAGCAGCUCCGACCUGUCGGACUGUCCGUCUGAGCCGCUGUCAGACGAGCAGAGGCUGGUACCGGCAGCCAGCAGCGACGCAGAGUCCGGUACCGGCUCCAGCGAUAGGGAUCAGCUGGGCGCCGCUCAUCCUCCGCUGCUGUGCACACCGGAGGCUCUAAAGGUGGACCUGUCGGGGGCGCACGGGGACCGAGCCAAGCAGGAGGAAGCCUCAACAAGCGCACAAUUCAAACUGCCAGCCGGCAGAGGUCCAACCGAACAGGACCUGCUGCGGGAGGUCGAGGAUCUGAGAUCUGAAAAUGACUACCUCAAGGAUGAAGUGGACGAGCUGCGGGCUGAGAUGGAGGAAAUUCGAGACAGCUACCUGGAGGAGGAGGUCUACCAGGUGCAGGAGCUCAGACGGGAACUGGACCACUCCAAUAAAAACUGCCGAAUCCUGCAGUACCGCCUGCGGAAAGCCGAGCAAAAGAGCCUCAGAGUCGCCCAGACAGGCCACGUGGAUGGAGAUCUGCUGCGUAGUCUGGAGCAGGACCUAAAGGUGGCCAAAGAUGUGUCGGUGCGUUUGCACAAUGAGCUGGAGAGCGUGGAGGACAAACGCAGCCGAGCAGAGGACGAGAACGAGCUGCUCAGACAAAAGAUCAUUGAGGUGGAGAUCUCCAAACAGGCGCUGCACAACGAGAUGGAGAGGAUCAAAGAGAUGGCACUCAGGAGACGAGGAAGCAGGGAAAGACAAGACAAGAAAUCCACCAGUCAGGAGGACAGUGCAGACCUCAGGUGCCAACUCCAGUUUGCCAAGGAGGAGUCCAGUUUGAUGAGGAAGAAGAUGGCAAAGCUCGGUCGGGAAAAGAAUGAAUUGGAGCAGGAACUGCAAAAGUACAAGUCCGUUUAUGGGGACGUGGACAGUCCCCUUCCCCUGGCCGAGUGCUCUGGCGGGGGCCCUCACACUACUCGGGAGGCUGAACUGCGACUGCGCCUCAAGCUGGUCGAGGAGGAAGCUAACAUCCUCGGCAGAAAGAUUGUGGAGCUCGAGGUGGAGAACCGCAGCUUGCGGUCAGAAAACGAAGACAUCCGAUGUCAGUAUGAAAGAGACUGCUUUGGCCGCGAACCUUUCUCCAGCAUGCCGUCGUCCCCCUACGGCGGUGACACACUGGAGUCGGCCAGCGAGCUGCGGCGCCACCUCCAGUUUGUUGAGGAAGAAGCUGAGUUGUUACGACGCUCAAUCUCAGAGAUCGAAGAUCACAACAAGCAACUUACCUCUGAGCUCAACCGCUUCAAGUUUGGUCCCAGCAACAACUCUUCAUCAGUUGGGGAGGAGGGUAGUGAAGGGGGGUUGUUUAAGCCCAGUAAUGGUGGGAAUGGUAAUGGCUCCCCCAGCGGAAUGAUGAUGGAGGAGCUAAAAUCAGCCAGGAUGCAGAUUAACGAGUUGAGCGGGAAGGUAAUGAAGCUCCAGUACGAGAACCGUGUCCUCAUUUCCAACGUCCAGCGCUGUGACCUGGCCUCACACCUGGGCCUGCACAGUGGCAGCCCUCGGGACAGCGACGCAGAGAGCGACGCAGGCCGCAGGGAAGGCUCUGAGGAUGAGGAAGCAGGACGACUUCUUCUCCUCCACCCUAAGAGGGAGGGUCCAAUUGGUGGCGAGAGUGACUCCGAAGACCUGUUUGAAGAAAAUGGCAAACACAUCAGGAUUUGGAAGCAUAAACCCUCAGACGGUAGCGAGCUCAGUGCUACUGAAUUAGCCAAUCGCAGGAGAGAAGAACGGGAGUCAUUCGCCAGUGUGAAACGAGAGGCGGAAAGAUUGGGGAAGACGGUGGAACGCCUGAUCACCGACACCGACAGUCUGAUUUUUGAAGGCCGACUACUGGUAACUACAGGAGAAGGUCUGGAAGGUGGGACCACAUCUGGAUCUAAAUCUGACUCCCAAGUUCUUGACUCCAUCAACACUCGCAUGAAGGCCUUCCGUACCGAGCUGCACGUCUUCAUGGAGAAGUUGGACCAUGUAGGGGAGGGACUAAGAGAUAGAACGGAGGAUCUUUCAUCGAUGCCCAACCUCACGGAGUCCAGCAGCUUCCUGUCCACAGUCACCUCCAUGUCCAGAGACUCUCCCAUUGGCACUUUUGGAAGAGAUCUGGCAACAGACUUCCAGUUCGGUCAGAGGGAUGAGCUGGAGUGGCAUCUAGGACAGGAGCGAGGCGUGGAACCCCAGAGCCAGAACCAGGGUGGGGGCCAGGCCCAGAGCAGGGGAGCCACGGGACUCACUAGGUACCACAGGCCCCUGGCUUUAAGAGCAGAGCUCCGAGACACUCCUGCCCCUGAGAUCCAGUUUCGUCUGGAUCACGAACGAAGACUGAGAGCGGCGGCGGUGGAGGAACAGGAGGCUGCUGGCGCACUGACUCAGCAGGAAGAGGAGCCCCUGCGUCUGGGUGCUCAUCACGGUGGUCUGGAGCUGCAGGGACUUCAGACUCAUGAGGUUCCCUGGGCUCAGGAGAAGGCCGCACUGCAACAAGAGCUCCACCUCUUCAGACGCAACACCGUCAUCUUCUACAUGAAGCUCAGGUGGAUCCUCACGCGCUGGCGGCUCGGACUCAGGGACGACGCUGGAGAAAGAAGGGUGCACCCAGACUUUGAGAAGUUGGAGGGAAUCCCAGAGUUGGGAGUGAUAAUGGAGCAGACGGAGGGUGAGUCGGAUAAAGACGACAGACUGUGUUUGCUACAAACUCCAGGGGACACCCCUGACCCCAGUCCUGGCAUCCCGCUGCCAUCACCUGAUCGCCAGCACCAUCAAAGACAGUUUGGGGAGAACCGUCGGAUGGUGCAGGCAUUGCGGACCCUGCUGGAGGAAUUUCGUGAGGAGCUGCAGGAGGAGGAGAUGCGGCGAUGCCAGCUGCAGCAGUCCUAUGCCAAUGACAAAGCUGCCUGGGAGGUCAAGUGGGCAGAGAUGAAGUGCCAGGUUUCCCAGGAGGAGACGCGAGGAGAAGCGCAGGGAGGUGAAGGGGGAGCCAGAGACCCAGACUGGACCUUCAAGCAGGAGCGUGAGGAGCACCGGCGCCUUCUGGCUGAGAGCCACAGCACCUCCUUGGACCUGCGCUGGAGGCUGCAGCAUGAAGAGAAGAGAUGGACCCGCGAGAAGGCGGAGCUCCUGGAGCGUUUUGACAGGGAGCGGCAGGAGUGGGACGGGAGCAUGAGGGAGCUCCACCGCAAGCUGGACAAGAUGCAGAGAGAACUGAACUCACGGCGAGGUGAGAACUUAGACGUCAAGGAUGGCACCUCCAGCACCAGAGGUGCUUUUUCCCCACAUCACAGUCCCUGUAGCGCCACCCAGUCACCUCGAUCCCCCGGCCCUGUGGUGGGCGCAGCUACACAGUCCCACUCUGAGUCUGACACCAUGCUGGAGGAACAGCGGAGUGUGAUCAGACUGAAAAGCCCAACAGAGAACCUGUUCCUUGAUGCGCUCUCUUUAGACCCCUUCAGCAGUUUGGAGGUGCCUCCACCUUCCAGACUGGAGAGUGAGAAGAGGUUCCCCUGCAUGAAGGAGGCUCUGAAUGAGCUAUCAGAGAGAGAAGGUCCUCCUGAGUUCCCAGAGGUGGAGAUCAGCAGUGGGAGUCUGCUCAGGGCCAAAUCAGUGUGCUCCAUGAGUGAUUUCCAGCGGUUGAUGGACAGCUCGCCAUUCCUCCCUGAAAAAAGUCGUCACGGUGACCGAGGACAGGAUGACAUCACCCCCCCUCUGUCCCCAGACGAUCUCAAGUACAUUGAGGAAUUCAAUAACAAGGGCGGCUGGGAUUUUCCAGAGUCCACCUCUGGGUCAGGCCCCUCCCAGGAAGUGUGGGUAGGCAAAAUCCCUGAGGCCCUGGGUGGUGAUUCCAUUCCGGAUCCAUUCCAGCCAACUUCCUGGUUCCUGACCACCAGUGCUACCCUGACCACCAGCACCCUGAGCAGCACCGAACACUGCCACAAGUCCCCAUUGAGGGGCAAUGGAGCAGGGACAGCAGGGGUGGGAGUGGAACACUAUGGGGUCCACAUUCUCCACAGUCCAGCCAGAACUGGGACAAAUGAGUGUCCUACUGCCCAAGACUCAGACUUUCUGUACGCCAAGGGGACCAAAGCCAGGGGUGGAGGAGAGGCUGGGGUGGGGCCUAGUGGUGCAGAUGAGAUGUUUAGCAGUGCUAGGUGGCCUUGUAGCCUUCUGGAAAGUGGGGGCCUCAGGCCUUCUCCUAACCAGUCUCCUGUUUGCCCCACAGUAGGCUUUGCCUCUUCUCUGGAGCUUCAGCUCUCAAGAAACUUGAGUGACGACAUGAAGGAAGUGGCCAUCUCUGUGAGGAACGCCAUCCGCCCUCCACCAGCAGGCCCUGUGGUCCGGGACAUGGCAUGCCAAACCAAUGGCUUCACCUCGCGCGGCACCCAGACCACCCAGACCAUCAGUGUCGGUCUACAAACAGACAUUCUGAGGAACCUGACCAGCAGCCCUCACCGAUGCCUCACUCCAAAAGGUGGCGGCACCCCCAUCUCUUCCCCGUCCCGCAGCACAAGGAAAGUUCAGUACUCUCCUGUGGUUCAGAACAAGUUUGAACGCCCCUGCUGCUCGCCAAAGUAUGGCUCACCCAAGCUUCAGCGCAAACUGUCCACAUCCAAUAAAGCUGAAGUGCCCAACAGCACUCGUGCCCCCACCCCAACUACACCCCAGAAGGGAAACAGCGAGUCAGCUUGGGCCCGCUCCACCACCACCCGUGACAGUCCCGUCCACACAACGAUCAACGACGGCCUCUCGAGCCUCUUCAACAUCAUUGACCACACCCCUGUGGCAUACGACUCCAUGCAGAAGUUCAACAAGUCCCCGAGCCGCUCUCGCCCCGCGCCGCCCUCCAACAACGAGCCGAGCCCGGCUCACGCCGCCCUCAGCAUGGACCCUAAAUCCACAGGCACUGCACAGGAUUGCUUGCGGACUGCUCGUGGUCGAUCACCAAGUCCUGUGCAGCUAAUAGUGGAAACACAGGGGGACAAAAACCUAGAGGUGGUGAGUAUUCGGCAGGACCUGUCCGCCCCCCCAGGCUACACGCUGACCGAAAACGCAGCUCGGAUUCUGAAUAAGAAGCUGCAGGACCAGGGCUGCAGGGAGGAGAGGAGGCUGCAGGCGGGAGGAGGGCAGGGCAGCCAGAGCAGAGACGGUGGCCGGCAGGCCGACUCGGACCGAGGAGCAUCUGGAUGUAUGGAGGAUCUGCCUCGGUCUCCUGUGGCUCCGCCCCUGGACUCCUGCUUCCUGAGACCGGCCCGCCCGGCCAACCGCCGACCGCCCUCACGCUGGGCCGCCCACUCCCCCUCAUCCUCCCCCAAGUGGAGCCAGGGCUCAGCUAGAAGGUUCACCUUCCCACCACCGGGACACAGGAAGACUUUACUAGAAGACGAGGAGCUGGUGUGAGGUCGUCCUCUUGACUCCUCCCCUCUCGUUAGUGGAGCUGAAAAAGGCUCAGUACCUCAGAGUCCAGCCUCGACCCCCGACCCCCUUAGAGACUCCCACCAGGAGUACAGUGGGGUUUGGAUGCACCAGUAGCACCAGCGAUUUUGAAAAAACAACCAGAACUUCAUUUUAGAAGAACCUGGACCCUGUAGACUCAUCAACAACAUAAACCGUACAUUUCCAUAAAAGGUGCCUGUACGUCUUUGAGUUGCUCCCACCUGUCCGAAUGUUUAGUUGCAAGUCUGAACCUUUUUUUAACCCAACAGAAACUAAACAAAAAAACACAGUUGGGUUCACAUAAAGUUUACGCACUUUUUCUCAUCUGUUUACAUAUUUGUUGUUUUUGUUUUGCCUGCAUCCCUUCAUGUGCAAAAUGUUUUCUUCUGCUGCGUAAACCGUGAUGUUCGGCGGUUAGCCUUCGAAGCUGGAAUGCGAACGACUCGGGUUUUGUUCACAGAAAAAACAAAAAACAAAAAGCUCCCGCUUCACUGGGUGUGAAGCAGCUGCUCAUGAUGUCAUUUACAAAACCUGCGUAUUUUACUUUUGCGUUUCCGAUGAAUGUUUGUCUGCACACUUGGGGAUGGCGGGAUGCAUCGACUGGAAACACUUAUGCAUAUUUGGAAGGCAGACGUAGAAACACAGUGAAAUAUUUGCAUGCCUUUUGAAGACGAGCACUUUAGUGCAUGUACAUACGAGUGCUAGUUACCGUCGGUCACCACUGCGGGAAUCGAACUCUUGUUUUUGUUGUCAUAUUAUUUGCAUUGAAUAAAGAAUAAUUUUUAAGUCAAUGAUUGUACCUAUAGGCCGUAUUUGUACAGUUGUUACUCUUGGAUAUGAACGACUUUUUCUUUUGAUGCGAAAAAAUGAUUGUGAAAAGUCUGAAUGUUUAAAUGAGA